CAGCCAAACCCGUCGCAGCCGCCUCCAUGUACCACUCCCGUCGCACCGCCGGCAACAGCCCCGACCACCGCCGGCAGCAGCCCCCUUGGUACCCCCUCUCUCUCUCUCUCUCUCUCUCUCUCUCUCUCUCUCUCUCUCUCUACCCUUUCCCCUCAUCUGCUCAGAAAUCAUCACCCCGCUGCUAUCCAUGGCGAUCCCGAUGCCGAAGGUGCUACUCGCCCUGCUCUUCUUCGUGUCGUCGGCACUAUCCGCCUCCGACAUCCCGUUCAUCGUGUCCCGCAAGAAGGCAACAUCAGCGCCGGACUUCACCGGCCUUCCUGAGCUCGUGAUGUUCACCGCACAUUACCCAUCCCAUGAUGCUGCCACAUGGAGCUGCGCCGAUCACGUCUCCGUCUCCAUCAACAUCUACAAUCAAGGAUCCUCAAAGAUUGAGAAAAAUAUGGAAAGGAAAUCUGGCAGGAGAUCACGGAAGUGAGAGAAAGAGAGAAUUUUAAUUAAUAGAUUUUUGUAACUACCUAAAAUGUAAUUUAUUAAAAAAUUAAUUAAUAUAAUUUAUUUUUCCAUACCCAAUUUACCCUUAGUAACCACUGUGAUUACUACUUUUAUAGUAAUCACCUAACCUGUCUCUCGAGUUAUACGAUGUUGCAUCACUCGUUUCUUUCGCGAGGGGUAACUUGGAUGGGGAUCUCCUCAUGAGGAACCCUCCCGUGCUUGGUCGACCUAUAUUUGAAGUUACAUUUGGAGAUGGCGGAUGAGCUCUCUCUGUUCUCCUCCUGCCUUUCCCAGCUAAAGCGCCUGAGGAUGCUUCUCUAUGAUUCAUUUCUGGUGAGUGGUGGUUCAUGUCUGGUUUUGCAAUUUUGGCUGAGAUGAUUUUUUUUGCUAAUUUUGAUUUCUGUACAGGAAGAACAUGAAUUGGGCUCAAUCUACAAACUACCAAGCCUCGUAGAAUGGGAAAUAUCUCACGAGGUGGAGCCAGAUGAUGAUCUUGUUAGACUGGUGUCGUUGAUGGCAACAGCAACACCUUCCUUGCAGAAGAUUAAAAUACGGGUUAAAGC